CCCCCAGUCCACUGUGGGUUUGAUGCAGAAGCUCACGCUCUGUGCACUUUGAGAGGAAGACGCGUGACGGGGAGAGAGUGAGUUUGGGGAGAGUGUGGUGGGAGGGUGUGAGAGCCCUCCCCCCGCCAAAUGUCUAGAUGGAUUCACUCCUUCAUAACCCAACUCCUCUUCAGCCUUGCGCAGAUGACCAAAGUGUCCAGAGCAGCCAGAGAAGCAGCCACAGGGUGACAGGAUGAGAGCACAGUAGACUUUUCACUUCUCACCCACUCAUUUGUCUCAUUUAGUGAAAGCCGAAUCAGCCAAAAAACAACCUCUGGCUCAAGAGCACGUGGCUGUAGGUGAAUGCCAGCGCACUCCACGCCUGCGCGGGUGAUGCCAUGCCGCGAAGUCACACCGGCGACGACAGCGGCGGCACCGGGCUCUGGCUGAAGAGCUCCACGGGACGCCGGGCGCAGGAUUACGCACUGAAAGAUGUGGAGUCUGGGAAGAGGACGAUGAAUAACGCGGUGCGUGUGGGCGACGGGCUCCUGUCUCCCGGUGCGGCAGGUGCGGUGGGAGCGGAGAGGACGCAGGGCGCCCGGCUCAGCUUGCUGGGGAAGCCGCUGACCUACAGCGCGCAGAGCGGCCGCAGGAACGCGAGCUACCGGCGGCUCCAGAAUUACCUCUACAACGUGCUGGAGAGACCGCGGGAGUGGGCGUUCAUCUACCACGCUUUUGUGUUUAUCCUGGUGUUUGGAUGUCUGGUUCUCUCGGUGUUUUCCACCAUCCCUGCUCACCAAGAGUUCUCCUCACACUGUCUUCUUAUUCUGGAGUUUGUGAUGAUUGUAGUGUUUGGUCUUGAGUACAUCAUUAGGAUAUGGAGUGCUGGCUGCUGCUGCCGCUACCGAGGCUGGCAAGGACGCCUCCGCUUCGCCAGGAAACCAUUUUGUGUCAUAGACAUUAUUGUACUCAUCGCCUCGGUUGCUGUGGUUUCGGCCGGUAGUCAGGGUAACAUCUUUGCCACUUCUGCACUGCGUAGCCUUCGUUUUCUUCAGAUCCUGCGCAUGGUGCGCAUGGACCGCAGGGGAGGGACCUGGAAGCUUCUGGGAUCUGUAGUUUAUGCACACAGUAAGGAGCUGGUGACUGCCUGGUAUAUUGGCUUUCUGGUGCUGAUCUUCUCCUCCUUCCUAGUCUAUCUUGUGGAAAAAGAAUUCAAUAAGGACUUUGCCACUUAUGCUGAUGCACUGUGGUGGGGCACGAUCACCCUUACGACCAUCGGCUAUGGUGACAAGACCCCGCAGACGUGGACAGGACGCUUGUUAUCAGCAGGUUUUGCCCUGCUGGGAAUCUCCUUCUUUGCACUGCCAGCCGGUAUCCUUGGGUCAGGAUUUGCCUUGAAGGUACAGGAGCAGCAUCGACAGAAGCACUUUGAAAAGAGGAGGAACCCAGCUGCCAGCCUCAUCCAGUGUGUCUGGCGUAGUUAUGCUGCUGAUGAGAACUCGGUUUCCGUUGCUACCUGGAAGCCUCAUUUGAAGGCGUUGCAUACCUGCAGCCCCGCCAAGAAAGAGCAGGGCGAGACUACCUACAGCGAGGGUCUAAGUAAUAGGAGGCUCUUCAGAAGGUACUCUCGGAAAUAUAGGAGUCAGAAAUUGAGUUUUAAAGAACGAGUGCGAAUGGCGAGUCCUCGUGGUCAGAGCAUGAAGAGCAGACAGACGUCCAUCAACGACCGCCAGCGCUGUUCCCCUGGCAACGAGGUGGCGGGAGGCACCGAGCUGAUGGGCGGCAGCCCGGUGAAAGUGCAGAAGAGCUGGAGCUUCAAUGAUCGCACCCGUUUUAGGCCGUCGCUGAGGUUGAAGAGCCAGUCUCGCAAUGUGGUCCCAGAUGUGGACAGUGGCAUGACCACGGAGGAUUCCUUCGAUGAGAGGGGCUGCCAUUGCGAUGUUACAGUGGAAGAUCUAUCAGCUCCACUCAAGGCUGUCAUCAGAGCUGUCAGGAUCAUGAAGUUCCACGUGGCGAAGAAGAAGUUUAAGGAGACGCUGCGUCCCUACGAUGUGAAGGACGUGAUAGAGCAGUACUCUGCGGGACACUUGGACAUGCUCUGUCGGAUCAAAAGCCUUCAGACCAGACUUGACACUGUAGUGGGUCCCCCUCCACGGCCUCUCAGCAGUCGCGUCAAGACCUUUUCUUCUCCCUCCCUGCAUUUAUAUUACAGCCAGGCCCGGAGGAAUAAAUCUGCACCGGGAGUGGCCAGUGCAGCGGGCUCUGGUCCCAGACUAAGUAACCGACCCAGGAACGUGUCCUCACCUGAUCUGCAUUAUUAUUACAGCAACCACAAGAGGAAGCUCCCUGGCUCAGGGGUGGAUCAGAUCCUGGGAAAAGGCCAGAUUCCUGUGGAUAAGAAGAUGAGGGAUAAACUACAUGCAGAUGGAGACUCUCUGGAGGGCAUGAGCAUGCUGGGACGUGUUUGUAAGGUGGAGAGACAGGUGACUUCCAUCGAGUCAAAGUUGGACUCUUUGCUGGACGUCUAUCGCCAAGUUCUACAGAAAGGUCCCUCGACCCUCACCCUCUCCUCCCUGCCUCUGUUCGAGCUGGGCAGCCACCAGCACCACGGCUCCGACUACCAGACUUCCAUCAUCGGCAGGGAUCUUCCAUCUCCUCAGGGAGGGGAUCUGGUGGGAGGAGGAGGCGAUAGCAAUGGGGGCUUACGCCGUUCCCUUAACGCCAACCCGAGGGGCCUGCGUCUCAUCCUGGCAACCGCCGACGAUGACAUUCCACCGGACUCAGCACCUCCAUCUUACCCCCCGUCCACAGCGUCCCUCUCUCCGUCACCCCUGCUCCCACCUGAUAGCCCAUACCCCACCUUGGUCACGCCCAAUGGCACAUCCAAAAGAGCACACCUCCCUGACCUGCCGCCCCCUCCUCCUUCAGGUGGGGGUUUCACCCUCCAGCUGCCCCCAGUGGUUCACCCCUCCCAUCACCGUUGCUCUGCUCACUCCAUCACAGAUGAUUUGACAGAUGAAGUGACAGCAGAUAAAGAGAGCUUGGGUCCUUCUGUUGUUGUGGGAUCCAGUGUGGACCCUGACCACGAAGAAGACAGUGAGGCAGUUGCUGUCCAGGGGGGGUUGCAGCUGCGGGAGAAAUCUGGCUUGAAAUCUGAGGGGGUGUGGAGGAAGCACAUGAGCCUGGAGAUGAACCCCCUGCUGCUGCUCACGUCUAGCCAAGAUGGGACCCCUGCAGACUGGGAAGGCAGUCUAGGGAAAUCCAUCUCUGCGCAUAAUCUCAACCAUCCUUUGACCAGCCAUGCCGCUGGUCUGUCCUCUGCACUCAACAACAUCAGCAGCAGCAGCAACGGUAGCAAACGUGGCAAUGACCUUAGCAACUGGGAUGGAACUGAAUUCUUCAUUAGCGGUUGCAAGCUAGAACCAGCGGGAGAACACUAUGACUUUCUGUCCCAGAGACCUGACAGCAGUCCAUCCAACCUUUUACAGACUGUGGAGGAGGCUGCACCUCACCCUCGGGGAAAUUCAGAUUUUCUCAAUCAGUCUCCACACAUACAACUGGCAUAACCACGCACAUUCACACUCACACACACACAUACAGUCUUGCAUACGGUAUGUACACACGUUUGAGAAGCAACCUUUAAGGUAUUUUUUCAGGACAGUUUCAAAUUGUGCAAUUGAAUGCUGUGUACAUGGACAACGUUUUUGGAUUUUGUCGGACACGAAUCUGUCCACUUUCAUACAGAUUUUAUUCGGCAGAUACUUAUUUAUAUUUUUAUGGGUUUCUAAAAUUAACAUUUAGCCAAUAAGACAAUGAAAGUAUACAUAGAAUAUGUAUGUAAGUGGCCAAAUUCAUGGAAGACAAAAUACACAAACUUUCUUUAGGAGAAAUAGAUGGAGAAAAAACUUUAUAAAGUAAAGAUGUUUUUAAUAUUCAUGACGUUAAAAGGAAGACAUGUGCCAACUAGACAUCAGAUUCUACAUGAAAAUACUUUUAAAACUUAAGCUCUACAGGUUCUUUAUUUUCAGUUUCACUUUGGACCUGAACAGUUUUGUCUCAAAACUGAAAAUAGCAGGAGUUUAACUUUUCUUUUCUUUUUUCUGAAUUAUGCCAACAUUGAUAAUUAAAGUAGUUAAUAUAAACAGUAGACAAUACUGUCUCUAUAUUUGACAGGGAGAGUGUUGCACAUAAGAGAAGUGUAUCUGAAACUUGAAUAAGCCACUGCAAUUGAUGGGUCAACCACUCACCACGUGGUGAAACUACAUGAAGUUACAUCCACACACACACUCGCUCUUUCACGUAGACACACAAAUACACAACCACCGAGUCCUCUCAGAAGAGCCAGCUUGACAAAGACUGAGGCUGACCAGUGACUUAUUUCUUACAAUUGCUUGUUUUCAGAGACUUUCUUGGACGAGAAGGAGAGUUCCAACUUAUUCAGUGUCUGUUUUUGGUAGUGUAAAAUGUCUUCUUUUAUGCUUUCAUACAUAUCACUGCAUGGGCUGUUGCCAACAAAAAACAACAAAUGAAUGGAAUGAGAAUAUUUUUUGAUGAGGUGAGGCCUGGUGUCAUGGGAAUAGCUUUAUUUUUAUUUAAAAAAGAAAAAAAAAAGCUAAAGGUCAAUCUCUGAGCAUGUGUUCAUAUCACAAGCAUCUCAUUCUGUUCAUCUUCAACCACUACAAAAAAAAAAUGUACGUCAUUGUUGAAAUGUCAUGAGUUAAUUUGGGUGCAACAAACGUGUGUUGGGAGAACGGCCCGUCAGCAGUCACUCGAAACAAAAGUGUUGGAACACGUAGCUCAGAGAGUUAUUGCUACUGGUCUGGACGCUUUAUUUGCAGCAGGGUUUUCUCAGCUUAGCAUGAGAUGCUGCUUAUCGCAUGUGACGUACUGUUUUUCUAACAAAAAAAGGGACAAACAAAGUUGGCUUGUGUGGAAAUGAUUUUAUCCUAAUUUGAUCGAAUUAGAUAGUGCCAGGUAUAUGGAUAGCCCACUUACUAUACAAUUUUAAGAUGCACAAGGUUAUUAUUUAAUAAUUCUUUUUGACAAACCCUAUCUUUUUUGCUGGGUGCUGGUUGCACCAUGUUCAUGGAUUGUGACUAAAAGUGCACUGUGUUACUUUUAAAUAUCAAAACAUUUGUUACGCUCAACUAUUGAACUAUCAAAUUAGUUCAGACGGUGCUUGAUGAAGCCUAUCAGCUUUACAUGACUUUCUUCUGUGUUAGGAUCGCGUGUCGCCUGGUGACAUCGCCUCGCUGCUCACAGGAAGUGAUUCGUUUUAUGUCGAGAUAGGGGAAUGGCCAUAGCAACAUUGUGCUAGAAAAGUGAGACAGCCUCAGACAGGUUGGAGUGUGACUAAGAACAGUAAGUAAUGAAUUUUACUGCUCACAAAACCUGGUUGUUCAGCAGUUUGACCGAAUACAUUCUUCUUUUCCCCGCCCGCCCCUGUGCUGCAGGUUUAUACACACAAACGCUCCCUCAGUCGGGUGCAUAUAAUAUCGCUUGACAGAGCCCAUUUUCAGAAGAAGGAUACAACAUACGAACAAAAGCGAUGCAACUUAAAAGGCUGCUAAACAGACCGCAUUCCCUCCUCCCAGCUCAGUGUAAUGUUACUGUGCAACAGCUGCAAUGCACAUGCAUUUCUAGCACAGGGGAUCAGCUUCACCUGAGGAAUCCACGGAGAUAAUUCACUUUACACGCAGUUCUCUUGUUGAUUUAGUCGGCCAUGUAUGUUGUCCUUUAUCAAUGUGUUCAUUCUGCUGCUAACAACGUCAAAAUGUGAUACAGUUUUAUAAUAAAUGAGAGCGAGGGAGAGAUAAAGCAAGAUAAGAAUUAAUCCUUAUUGAUAUUUUCUGUGACUUCAGCCAUUUCAUCAUUCAGCGUUGUAAAGUUCCUGCUGCUCCAAAGCCGAAUGCUCAAGGAGACAAACUGGACGACAAGAAUCUGACCUGAAACUGAAGUUAGAGGCUUAUGCUUCUUUUUAUUACAUGUCCCACUAAAAUAUACUGUAUAGGUAACAUUAACCAAGACUUUGAAUUCCUCCUCACCACAUCAAUUAAUUAGUGUAGUGACAAUAUGACAUGUUAUAUUUUAGUGCAUUUUGUCAUUUUCAUAUUGCAAAGAUGUGAUUUUUACCGGCUUAUGAAAAAUGAUGUCCUGCAAUCGUAACCCUACAAUGAAUUGAUAUUAAUUUUGAUUGUUAUCUAGCUUGAAGGAGGGUUGACUACUCCUGAAUGAAAAUCAUGCAUAAAAAUAUUGCAGCCAUUUAAUUUUUGUUCGCCAUCUUAAAUUGUUAACGUCUUAAGGGAUGUGCAGUCACAGCAGUCUUAAAGAUUUAUUUUGAGGUGUGAUGUCGACCUAUAUUUGUCAUUAUUUUAUGUCACUUACCUUUUGAAUGGUGAGUAAGUGCAUUGCUUAGCAAAUUUAACAUUUUGUAGUAGACAAUGCAUAGUACAAUACUUAUAAUCCUCUAACAAAUGAAAUGUAAACAGAGAUGGAUUUUGAAAUCCUCUACAGCCCAGGCAGGAGUGGUAUGAUGAUAUACAGUAUAAGCACAGUUGUUUAUGGGGAGUUUGAGGAGCCUGAAAAUGUGACACAAUAGUUUGAACUUAAUAUGGGAAUAUAUUUGUCGUAGUUAAUGAUUGAUUUUUUUUGUGACAUAUGAAAAUAAAACUGUCAGUUACUUUGGAGCAAGAUCAAAUGAUAUCUACAAAAGCUCAAAUCAGAUGGAGUUUUUUUUUCCACAUCCCACAUUCUCAUGUUUGCAGUCUGUAAAUUGCUUCUGGUGCCUUUCUUGCAUAUGAAUUUUUGUUCCCAUCUUCACAGGGCUACAAAGGACUAGUUUGCCCACAGCCUAUAGCAGCAUAUUGUAUUGUUGAAGUUUUAGGUUGGUCAUCAAGGUCAUUUAAGUCAUGUCGCUUCAGCCACAGACUUUUUAUGGCUUUGAUGCCUAAUAAUACAUUUUCUCAACUGCCUGAACAGUAAUUUAUUACACAACUGGCCUUAAAGCUUGAUAAUGUUAACAUUAUUAUUUCUUGGGAAUUAAUUUAUUAAGUGCACAUUAUGUUCUCUGGACGAGAAAUGCAAAAUAAUUUUAUUAUUCAUAAAUAAAGUCCAAAUUAACUAAAAGUUUCUGGUUUUGUGUCUUUUGUGUAUAUCAUGAUCUUCAAUGGCGCAAUGUCACCACUGACCAAGUACUACAAACAAUCCAAUGCAAUACAAGGCAAAAUAUCUCAACAUAUUCUCAGUGUAAAAAAAUACCACCAACACCCUGGUCCAGCAAAACAAACACAAUGCCCAAUACAUUUAGGGUUUUCCCAGUCAAUUCAGUUCAGUCCAUUUAAACACAAACAACAAAAAGAAACCCAAUUCAGGGUUUGCAGAAAUUAUUGUUUGUUUGUUUGUACCUGGUCUGCUCAGUUAUCAGCCUGCAGUCUGCUCAUAAUGUGAAAAACAAUAUUUGUCAGUAUCUACUGUGAUCUGUAAAUUGUUAUGCACAUGUGUAAAUGUGGGAUUGGGAUU